CAUCUUUGGCGCUGGCAACUGGAUGGCGCAGCAAGAUGGCGGCGGGUCAACAGUGGGUGUUGGUAGAAAUGGUCCAGGCCUUUUAUGAGGCUCCAGCAUACCAUCUGAUUCUGGAAGGAUUUCUUAUUUUGUGGAUAGUGAGAUUACUUCUCUCCAAAACUUACAAACUUCAGGAGCGUUCUGAUCUUACAGAAAAGGAAAAAGAAGAGCUUAUUGAGGAAUGGCAGCCAGAGCCACUUGUGCCACUGAUGUCAAAAGACCAUCCAGCCCUCAACAAUAACGUUGUCUCAGGUCCUCCAACACACAACAUAGUGGUUAAUGGCAAAAAAUGCAUAAACCUCGCGACCUUCAAUUUUCUUGGAUUGCUAGACAAUGAAAAAGUCAAGAAUGCGGCUUUAGCUUCAUUGAAAAAAUAUGGUGUUGGUACCUGUGGACCCAGGGGGUUUUAUGGAACAUUUGAUGUUCAUUUAGAAUUGGAAGACAGAAUUGCCAAGUUUAUGAGAGCAGAAGAAGCUAUUAUUUAUUCCUAUGGAUUUGCCACAAUUGCCAGCGCCAUUCCAGCCUACUCAAAGAGAGGAGAUCUUGUAUUUGUGGAUGAAGCUGCGUGCUUUGCUAUUCAAAAAGGCUUGCAAGCUUCCCGUAGCAGCAUAAAAUAUUUUAAGCACAAUGACAUGGAUGACCUGGAACGACUACUGAAAGAACAGGAGCUUGAAGAUCAGAAGAAUCCACGUAAAGCUCGGGUAACCAGACGAUUUCUUCUAGUGGAAGGAUUGUAUAUGAACACUGGAUGCAUUUGUCCUCUCCCAGAACUGGUCAAACUGAAAUACAAAUACAAAGUGCGAAUAUUCUUAGAAGAAAGUCUGUCCUUUGGGGUUCUAGGGGAGCAUGGACGAGGUGUAACUGAACAUUUUGGGGUGAAUAUUGAUGACAUUGACCUUAUAAGUGCAAAUAUGGAGAACUCCUUGGCUUCCAUUGGAGGAUUCUGCUGUGGAAGAUCCUUUGUUAUUGAUCAUCAGCGCCUUUCUGGACAAGGCUAUUGUUUCUCAGCAUCUUUGCCACCUAUGCUUGCCUCUGCUGCUAUUGAGGGUCUCAACAUAAUGGAGGAUGAUCCAGAUAUUUUCAGAUUAUUAAGCCAAAAAUGUCACCGAAUUUAUAGUGCAUUGCAGGGUAUCCCUGGUUUGAAACUUGUGGGCGAAUCAUUUUCUCCGGCCUGUCAUUUGCAGCUGGCAAAAAGCAGAGGAUCACGAGAAAGUGAUGUCAAAUUAUUGCAAGAGAUUGUUAAUUAUUGCUUGAAUCGAGGGAUUGCAUUAACUCAAGCCCAUUAUUUGGACAAGGAGGAAAAGUUUUUGCCACCACCAAGUGUCCGGUUGGUGGUUACGGUAGAAUUGACAGAGGAAGAAUUGGACAUGGCUGCAGCAUUAAUCAAGGAAGCGUCAGAAUGCAUCUUGCACCAGUAGGAUGGUUUGAUGCUUGAUUUUUGUGGACUAGAAAUCACACAUGGAUGUCAUACCCUAAAGGACCAGACUUGCAGAAUAUGCUGAAGGAAAUCAGAACUGAAAAUAAGGACGAGCGAUCCACAGUAAAUGAAUUUAACAUAUUUUACUUUUUACAUGUUUUGUAAAAUGAUGGAAAUUGUACUUAAGAACCUGUGUACAUUUGUUUGAUAAAUAAGUGCAAAAAUUGAUUUUCAAAGUUUGAUCAGCUGAGGACCCAGAUAGACUCCUCUCCAACAGUUUCUUGUCCAAAAUGUUGUUUUAUAUUAUAAUAAGACUGUUCCAAUAUUAAUGACAAUUUUGUGCAUAUAGGUAAUGGGGUAGAGUGAAAUAUUCUAACGAAAACUAGAUGGUAUUAAAUGAGAAAAUGUUAUAAAGAUUUCUGUAAGAUGUAUAAGGCACUGGAAUACAUUGCCUAUUUAAAAUUGCCAACUUUAUUGAUAGUACUAUAAAACUAAUUCUGCAUGUGCUGAAUGAGAAUUUGGCAUGUCACACAUUUACAAGAAUUGCCCUCAUUGACUCAUUAUCUUAUUUUUAACAUUACUAAUCUUGCUUGAUUUUUGGGAUGUAGGUAUCCUACGGACUACAGAUGAUAAACUUUAGGUUUAAAAGACAUGUUGGUUGUAUAACCACCCCAUAUUUUAAAUGUGGCAUCAAAUGGCUUAAUUUGAUUGAGCUAGACAGGGAUUGUAAGGUGAAGUUGCCCAAGGAAAACCUGCUUCUGGCUGACAAUGUGUCACAAUAUAGACCGUUCACUUAUAAACCUCAAUCAGGAGGAGAAGGGGCUACAUUUCUCAUUUCCAUUUGAGUUGCAGAUUAGUCCUGACGGUUUUACCUUUUCAAAGUAUAGUAAAAUACAGUGGAAUCUAGAAGAGAAUGGAGAUCAUCUCUGCCCCCUUCAAUGCCCUGACCUGUGAUGUAAUACUAUGUGUCACACUUCCCAACCAAUUAGUGUGCUUCCAUCAGGAUAUUGCAGUGUUUCUUAUAAUCUGGUUUAUCUGCUGAUAAUUUUGUUAUGCAGAAAUUUGCACAGUCAAUUUACAGUUUGUGGUAUAAUGUUACAGCAGGUUACUAUCAGCAUCAUUUUGUAGGAAACCCAGAGAAGUGUGACAUUUGUGCUGUUCGGGAGAUUUGUACAGAGAUGUUAGUUUUGAGAUGAAGUUGGUUCUAUCUAUUUUAAUACUGGUUUACAUAAUUUGCAGCAUGAAAUGCAAGCACUGUGCAUGAUUUUUCAAAUGCCAAUGACUUUAGGAAUAAUUGUUGUAAAAUUUUAUUUAAAAUUGAACGAAAAUAGCAAAGGUAAAAGGCAUUUUUGGUGACUGGGAAGGUUAUUUUUGUCGUCUGUGCUUUUUACUGUAACAUUUAUUGUGUUUCUUCAUCCAGGAUUCAAGAACAACGGGCCUUUCCUACCAAUUAUAUGUCUUUUCUAGGGAAUGGGCGUCUGUUUACAGAUGUAUUUGUUAUAUACCUCUGCGUAUAACUGCACUGUAUGUGUGCAUUGGAAAAUUGCACAACACUGUGAAAUUGCAACUGGUAUUUUCAUUGGAGUUAAAAUAUGGGUACCAUUGUAAUCUCGCAGUUGACUUGCCAGCUGCACAAUAAAACCAAAAAUCACAAGUAAAA